UGUGCUACAGAGCUCCAUCUACUCUCUCAUUUGUCUCUCCUUUCCAAUUCUGAUCCCACCUGCUUCUCUCUCUCUCUCUCUACAAAGUAUCGACCUUAAAGGGUUUCUGCUAAAGAUAAGCUUUGGACACCAUGGGAAGAGCUCCUUGCUGUGACAAAGAUGGAUUAAAAAAGGGGCCAUGGACGCCCGAGGAGGAUCAAAAGUUAAUUGAUUAUAUCCAGAAACAUGGACAUGGGAGUUGGCGAACCCUACCGAAGAAUGCUGGGCUUCAGAGGUGUGGAAAGAGCUGCCGUCUUCGGUGGACCAACUAUUUGAGACCCGAUAUCAAGAGAGGGCGCUUCUCAUUCGAAGAGGAAGAGAUUAUAAUCCAACUUCACAGUAUUUUGGGAAACAAGUGGUCUGCCAUUGCUGCUCGUUUGCCCGGGAGGACUGAUAAUGAAAUCAAGAACUACUGGAACACCCACAUUAGAAAGAGGCUCCUCCGAAUGGGAAUCGAUCCUGUAACUCAUAGUCCCCGCCUUGAUCUCCUCGACCUAUCCUCAAUUCUCAACUCACCUAUUUACAACUCAUCUCAGGCUCAGCUGGACGUUUCAAAACUGAUAGGCAUCAAGCCUCUCGUUAAUAAUCCUGAGCUCCUGAGGCUAGCUACCACUCUCUUAUCAUCCCAACGCGAAAAUCCCGAGUUUCUCCUACAAAAUCCUCAAGAGAAUCAACUCUGCAAUCCCCAAGUCCAAAACCAGUUCGCUUCUUUCCCUCCUAACCAACUCCAAACUGAUCCAGUUCAAGAAAUUCCGUCUUGCACCACGUCAAGUGCUCCUAGUGUUCCAUGUCUAAAUAAAACCCAACUAUUGCAAACCAAUGCGGAGCAGUUUCCAUCAAACUAUACCAGUUUCGGUUGCCAGGAAUCCCAGUGUAAUGCGUGGCAAGACAAUGUAAUGCCUUCUGCUUUGUCCGAAAAUUUAGUUCCUAUGCCAAAUUAUGACUAUUUCGGCUCCGAUAAUAACCAACCCUUCGUCGACCCACUGUUGGAAAACUCGAAUUUCCACCCCAGCAACAUAAACAACCAGAACUUUGGCUUUGCUUCAGUUCUAUCGACACCUUCGUCGAGCACGACGCCCUUGAAUUCAUCCUCAACGUACAUCAACAGCAGCACCGAAGAUGAGAGGGAUAGCUACUGCAGCAACAUGUUGAACUUCGAGAUCCCUGAUAUCCUGGACGUUAACGAAUUCAUGUAAUUUACAAGUGUUGUGGAUGAGGAGAAGCUUGAUUAUUAUAAUUUGAUAAUCAAAGUGUUCUCUCUCUCUCUCUCUCUUUUAUUUCCUCGCUUUUUUAAUCAGUUGGUUUGUCUCUGGUAUUGAUAUUUUUAUAAAAAGAAU